AUGUUCAAUGAGCUUAAUCCGGGUAUUGUGAGACCCGAAAUCCAAGCACCUCACUUUGAGCUCAAGCCCGUCAUGUUUCAAAUGCUCCAAACACUACAAGGAGUAAGUGAAGAGGCUUUAAGAUUGAAGUUGUUCCCAUUUUCCUUGAGGGAUCGGGCUAGAGCAUGGCUUAACACUCUUCCUCCCGAUUCGGUGACUAAUUGGAAUGACUUGGCUGAAAAAUUCUUGAGAAAGUACUUUCCUCCAACAAGAAAUGCAAAGUUUCGAAGCGAGAUCAUGUCCUUUCAACAAUUGGAAGAUGAGACUACUAGUGAUGCAUGGGAAAGAUUCAAGGAGUUGUUGAGGAAGUGCCCACACCAUGGUAUUCCUCAUUGUAUCCAACUUGAGACAUUUUACAAUGGUCUCAAUGCGGCAGCUAGGAUGGUGUUGGAUGCUUUCGCUAAUGGAGCCAUUCUUUCCAAGUCUUACAAUGAAGCUUUUGAGAUUUUGGAAAGGAUAUCUAGCAACAACUAUCAAUGGUCAACUAAUAGAGCUCCUACAAGUCGAAAAGUAGCGGGUGUUCUUGAAGUAGAUGCCUUGACCGCUCUAACCGCUCAAAUGGCCUCAAUGACCAACAUUUUGAAGAAUAUGAAUAUGGGAGGAAGUGUACAACCAGCCGCUGCCAUUCAAAGGGCCGAAAUUUCUUGUGUGUAUUGUGGUGAUGGGCAUACUUUUGAAAAUUUCCCUUCAAAUCCAGCUUCAGUUUGCUAUGUGGGUAAUCAAAACUUUAAUCGCAACAAGAAUCCAUACUCAAACUCCUACAAUCCGGCAUGGAAGCAUCAUCCGAACUUUUCAUGGGGAGGUCAAGGGGCAAGUUCAAGUGGAGCACAACAAGCACAAGGAAAGCAAUCAUUUCUACCGGGUUUUUCUCAACAACCAAGACCUCAACAACCACACCAACCUCAAGGCUCUCAAACUAGUUCUUUGGAGAGCUUAAUGAGAGAUUAUAUGGCCGAGAAUGACGCUGUAAUUCAAAGCCAGGCAGCAUCUCUUCGGAAUCUUGAAGUUCAAUUGGGGAAAUUGGCCAAUGAUUUGAAGAAUAGACCACAAGGCACUUUGCCUAGUGACACCGAAAACCCAAGAAGAGAUGGCAAAGAGCAUUGCAAAGCGAUAACCUUGAGAAGUGGAAAAAUUCUUGAGUCAAAUGUGGUUGCAACAGGCAGUAAGGAGCCCUCUUCAAUCCAAAAAGAGGGGGAAAUGAAGAAAAAACCAGCAAUUUCAGCUGCUCAAAUUCCCCCAGUAGUUACAGCAUCCACUCAGCAUUCUGCUGCAGAAAAGUCUUUGCAAAAGCCACCUCCACCAUUUCCUCAACGAUUCAAGAAGCAGCAAGACGAUGGUCAAUUCCGGAGAUUUCUUGAUGUUCUAAAGCAGCUCCACAUCAAUAUACCAUUAGUGGAAGCUUUGGAGCAAAUGCCAACUUAUGUGAAGUUUUUGAAGGAUAUUUUGACAAAGAAAAGGAGGCUUGGCGAGUUUGAAACGGUUGCUUUGACGGAGGGCUGUAGUGCUAUGAAGUUGGGAAUUGGAGAAGCAAGGACAACCACCGUCACUUUGCAAUUAGCUGAUCGUUCCAUGGCUCAUCCGGAAGGGAAAAUUGAAGAUGUGUUGGUACAAGUGGAUAAGUUCAUUUUUCCGGCCGAUUUCAUUAUUCUUGACUAUGAGGAAGAUAGGGAAGUUCCAAUCAUUUUAGGGAGGCCAUUUCUUGCCACGGGAAGAACUUUGAUAGAUGUUGAAAAGGGAGAGCUUACUAUGAGAGCUCAAGAUGAGCAAGCCACAUUCAAGGUCUUUCAUCCUAUGCGUGCUCCGGAUGCAAUAGGAGAAUGCUUAGCAAUUGGAGAUAUGGAUCCUAACAUGGUUGAGGAGUCCAAAUUCAAAAAUAGUAAGAAGGUGAGAAAGAAGAUUCCCCUUAAAGAAAUUGCUAAGGAUCACGAGCCGCAAGAAAGCAAAGACAAAACAUCAUUUGACCCUAAAAAACCACCCAAAAAGAAGAGAAAGAAAAAUAAGUUUAGUAGAAAAUUUUGGUCUAAAAUGUUUGAAGUUGGGCAACAAGUGAUUUUUGCUAACUCUUUAACGAAGGCUACUCAUGGACGACUAGAUUCAAGGUGUGAUGGAUCUUUCUUGGUGGUGAGAGUGUACCCCGAUGGGGUGGUAGAACUACGUGAUGCACUUUCAAGAAGAAAUUUUUUGGUGAAAGGCCAAUGA